CACUACACUAUGAACCACAUUGACCGCCAGGUUUGAAGUCUCCCCACAUCAGAUUUUUUUUUAUAAAUACUUAGUUGUAUAUAUGAAAAUAAAUAUUUGGUUUGUAAAAACCUCUAGGGGAAUGGAAAAAUGUAUGAAAAUCAAAAAAUAAAAAGUAUAAUUUUUAGUUAAAAAUAUCCGCCAUUUUCAACAAAAUAGCUAUAAUUUGAUAAUCAAAUACCGGCAUUUUUUGAUGUUAGAGCACAACGACUUGAAUUUUAUUAAAUGGCGGUCAACAAUUUAUGUGCUGUUUGUUUUAAAAUCUUUGGUAAAAAGUCAGCAAAGCUUCAUAAAAUAUCUAAAGCAAUCGAAGAAAAAAUAAAAACUUUUAUUUGGGAUAGCUAUGAUCAAAAUUUAGUAAACCAUUCUAAAGUUAUUUGUAGCAAUUGUUAUAAAAACCUUUAUUGUUUGGAAAAAAACGAUACAAAAUACCUUGAUAAGUGGCUAAAGCAAAUUUCCCAGAUAAACCGUCAAGAUAUCAGAAGAACUUCUGAUGUUUCAGAAAUAUCAAAAGAUAUUAAUAUUAUUACUUCUGAGUUAAAUGAAGAUAAAAAUGAAAGAAUGUGCUUAAAAUGUUCUGGAGUAGUUAAGUCAGGCAUUAUUCAUCUUUGUAGUGAUGUUCAAGCUGUGAAAAAUUUAGUUAAUGCAGCAUAUGCAUUGGGAUCAGCAAGUGCAGAACGUGUCGCUUCAAGUAUUUUAAAAACAAAAAUGGAAAAGGAAAAUAUUUGUAGAGGUGAAAAGUUCACAAUUGCUACUCAUGGGAAACCAUUGACUAUUGUUGCCGGAACUACAGACAAUAAAUGUGACCGUGUUAAUUUUAGUCAAGUAUCUUUUGGAACAAUCAUUGAGCUUAUAAAAUGUUUAGAACUAUCUCAGUGUAAAACCAAAAAAAUGUGUUCUAUAUUUAGAAAAAGUCUUUGCUUUCAAAGUAGCAUUGAAGGAAAUAUUGUUAAAAAAUUAGAGGCUUUAAAAGCAAAAAUAAAUGAAUAUUUUUCAUGUAAAGAAGAAGAAUUUUUUGAAGCUGGCGAUAUAGUAAAUAAAUCGAUGGUUUAUAUUAAAGAUAUUGAUGAAUUUAUACAUGAUAUAAUCACUGAAAGGAAUAUUGAACCUCUUUCUACAAUUGUAAGAGUUGCUGUGGAUUCUGGUCAAGGUUUUUUAAAGGUCACUAUGAAUGUUUUUAAUCCGCAUGAUAAAACUAGCAACCAACCUGACCUUGAUGAUGCUGGAGUUAAGCGUUGUUUUAUUGUUGCUAUUGUAGAAGGAGUGUCUGAACACAAUGGAAAUCUUAGAAAAUUAGUUGAUACUCUUAAUCUUCAAAAUAUUAAGUAUUCUGUUGCAUUUGAUUUAAAGUGUGCAAACUCAAUGUUUGGCAUUACAAGCCAUGCUGGAAAAUAUAGUUGUUUGUGGUGUGAAGGAGAGAGUCUUUUGGAUGGUGGAGAAAAACGAACUCUCGGUUCCCUCGAUUAUCAUUACAGUAAAUACACAGAAGCUGGAAAACCAAAAUCAAAGAUGGCUGAUUAUAAAAAUGUUAUUAAUCCAAGAUUAUUAUAUCUUGAAGAGGAUCCAGACAAUUGAAAAUUUAGUUCCAGUACCUGAGUUGCACACAUUAAUCGGAAUAGUUUCAACAUUUGGAAAACUAUUAUCAAAACUAUGGCCUGGCUUUGAAAAGUGGUUAAACUCAAAUUACAUAUUUUUCAGAGGUUACCAUGGCGUUGGAUUUGAUGGCAACAAUGCCAACAGACUUUUAGAUAAGUUAGAUGUUCUUUCUCGUGAUAUUGCUGAUCAAGGAAAGCUUGAUUUACUACCAGUAAUUGAAUGUUUAAGAAAGUUUCAAGCAAUGAAGCAAGCAACCUUUGGAGAAAAAAUUAUUGGUGAUAUUGAAUCUGUUGUUUUUGAAUUCAAGAUGUCUUAUGCUAAUUUAAUGGAAUAUAUUAAUACUUACUUUGAAAACAUUUCUUUGAAUAUACCGUGGAAAGUUCAUAUUGCAGUUAACCAUAUUGUACCAUUUCUAAAAAGUACCAAUACUGAUAAUGGACUUGGAAUUUAUUCUGAACAAGCAGGUGAAUCUGUUCAUCAUGAGUUUAAAAAGACAUGGAUUAGAUAUAAAAGACGACAAAGCCACCCAGACUAUGCUAAACGAUUAAAGUCAAGUAUUGUGGAAUUUUCAACAUUUAAUAAAUAGUUAACAAGUUCACUUUUCAAUUUAAUAUAUUGUUGAUCCACAACUAAGUCAAAAUUAUUUCCAAAGUAUUUUAAUAGCAUGAAAGAUACUUUUAAUUGAGUGUUGAUAAAAUAUAAUGCUAUUUUUGCAUUUCAAAGCUUAGUCAAGAUAUUUUUCACAUUAAAUGCAUUUUGUUGUUGUUGUUUUUAUACCUACAUUCUUUUCCUAUGUAAUCUGUUAUAGAAAUGUUUUAACACUUUUUUAAUGCCUCUAUAUAGGGGAGUAAACAAGUGCAGAAUAAAAAUUAGGUUUCUUCAUGAAAUUAUGUAAAAUAUAUGAACUUCAAUAGAGUUAGCGAUGUACCGCCCCUCCCCUUUGUAUCUAAAGUUUAGAUGUGUAAAAAAUUUAUUCUAGCCAUUCCUAUGGAGGUUCUUAAUACCUUUACUUAAUUUAUAUACUAUGUUACUUCUUAAUAAGAAAAAAAAAUUGGAUGUGGGGAGACUUCAAACCUGGCGGUUAUUGUGGUUCACAGUGA